CGUCGGCACUCAAGAAUCUCAGACUCAGCUCAGCUGCUCAACACCCAUUCUUUCAAUCUUUUUCACUUCUAGUUUCUCAAAAUCUCACUUUCAGAAUUCAGACUCUGUCACCUUUCACCUUUGCCUUUCUCCCAACCCACUAACCCUAAAUCCCUCCAUUGCCGCCUACUGAUCUGCUGGAGCUGCUGCCGGAGGCGGACUACAUACUGCUGCUGGAGUGGAUUGUUACCAGGCUACACUGCUGCUGGCGAAUCCAUCUGGACUGCUGCUAUCGAACUCGAAGCCAUCUGCCUAUCCGAUCUGUCGGAGUUGUUGCCGAACUGGACUGCUGAACUCUGUCUCUGUGCUGCCGGACUACUUCACCUGCAGAUCCAAACGCUAGACAAAUUGCAAAUGAAAACCAACAUGGAAUUACUUUAUGAGGAGAAUGAGAAUUUGAAGAAAGAGAAUGAAAGGUUGAAGCGUGUGCAUGAUUCGAUGAAUGGAACUUUGCAAGCGCAAGCAAAAUUGAUAGAUCAGUUGAAGAGUGAUCUUGACAAAUUGAAUGACGAGUAUAAGAAGCAAAAUGUCCUUGUGCAAAGACUCUCAGAACUAUUAGUAAGCGCCUUGAAAGCAUGCCCUGACCUCCAGCUGGAAAAUGAAAGGCUUAAAUUAGAAAAUAGUCAAUUGAGACGUCAUGCAAAUCUAGAUUAUAACAUGGUGCUUGCAGAGGAGAAUGUAAAAUUAAAACUUGAAAAUAAGGUACUCAGAGUGCAGAAUGAUGCUUUGGUUGGGAAAUUAAUUAGUGACAGUGACAAGAAGCAUUCAUGAGGAUUGCCAGGAUGAGCUACCAUUAGUAUAAGUGUGUCAUGUUAAUUUUAUUUCUUACUUUUUCUUUUUGUACAUCGGAUGAUGGGCUAUAUGAUAGGAUAUAGCCUCCCCACCUGUCCUAGGAUUUGAACUUAAGAUCUCCAACAUGGAGAUUUGAGAUUUUAACCACUGGGACAUUCCCUAGGAGACUUUAUUUCCUACUUGUAUGCUCAUUUGCUAUGGGCUUUGUAGCACCACUGAAUGUUAUAUGAUUUUUUCUUUGAUUACUCAUCUGUUAAUCUCAGUCUCUUGUCAAAGCUCCUUGUCAAGUAAAGUAUUAUACAUGUU